UUUAUUAUAAUAAAUGUGAGUUAUCUCUCUUUUCCUUGCGCCACGUCAUCAUAUAACAUGGGGCUUAGAAGAUGUUCUAAGCAACUUUUAUUUUUCUCAUAAACGCAUCCUACCGCUGAUAACUCAUACCUGCUCAUAUUUUAUUAGAGAAUCAAAUUUUAUAUAAAACAAAAUGAAUCAAGUAAAUAACAGAAAAUGAACGAUGCUAAUUGAUGGUAAGUGUUGAUAUGUCAAAACAUAGGAUUCUAUGUUUUGUUGCAAUCUUAUAAGUGAUUUUAUUCGCAUUUAUUUGGUUGUAAAUAUUUUCCUAACCUAUAUAAAUACAAUUUAAAAAAUUAAAAUUAUUAAAAAUGAAAAUUUCUUUACAACAAUCUUUGACUAAUAAAAAAAAUACAGAAAUGUGCAUAAGAAAUACAUAAAUUACGCUAUAAAUAGGAUUAAAAUAUCUGCAAACCAUGUAAAUGUUUUAGUACUUUCGAUAAUGGGAAUCCAAAUAGUAUGUAUUUCAGGGUUUUUUUUUUAAAGUAUGUUAGUUGUUUGAGGAAAAUUUAUAGAACAAAAAUAUUUAAAUUAGUUCGAAUGCAGCUUCGGAUCUCUUCAAAGAAACUAAUUUAUACCAAUCGAUCCUCCAAAUCUUGACAGAAAAAACAUCUUGGUAGCUGAUCUAGAAUGGAACAUAGAAAUCAUUUUGAAUCUGUUCCCACGUAAUCUGAAAUCUUAUGCUUAAGAGUAAGACCAAGCAAAAAAUGGUCCAUAUAUGCUCAUAUUUGUUCCUAACAAACAAUAGAGCUUAUUUUCCCAUAACCGAGUAUCACCCAACAAUAAACUUAAGAAAUGAGACCGAUGAAUCCCAGGAAUAAAAUUUCCAAUUCGAUGGCUAAUGUUUGGAUUGCCAAUUUCUAGCCAAAGUUGAGAUUUUUUUAAGGAAAAUUAUUCGAGUCUUACGGCUGGCGAGAACCUCAAAAAGAGUCAUAUACAUUAAUUGUUAGAUACAAAUUACUCAACUGCAAAUGACAUAACAACUCCAAUCAUGAUGAUGUCAUGGAAGCAAAAGUUCAAUACAAAAAAUUACUUAAAAACAACCUAACCAACAACUUAAAUUAAUAAAAUAGUAUAUCUUAAUACCAAGUGCGACAUCUCUAUAUUGAAAAAGAAGUUUUAUGGAACUAAUAUGAUCUUUAUAAUGCCACCAAAAAAGUGUCAUCUAAAUAAUCUAGAAAAUCGAUGCAAUGAUUGUUAUUACUAUAAACAAAUAGAGAAGUUAUUGGAGUUGGUUUUACGGUGACUAACAAGCGCCUACACUCAUCGACCACUACUCAGUUCACACUUUCCAGUUUUAAUGUUUUCUUAUUUUGAUUAGCUUUGGUUUACUACCUUCUUCGCAUUAUAUAUAACAUUAUACUUUUAAUGAAAUGCAACUUCAAAUAAUCAUCACUUCUAUUCCAAUAGCAUGUCGAAAGACUAUGAUUUCAACAUAAAAAUAAUUACUCUUAUAAUAUACACAAAAAAUUACCCACAACCCAAUGCUUCCGAAUCCAAAAUAUUACAAACCACAAAUAACACAUCGAGUUUGAGAUCAAUUUUUUGUAAAAGAAAACAACAUGAACACCAUUUUAAGCUCUUAAAGCAUAUCAAUGCCAUAUUUCUUUAAUAUAAAAAACUAUUAUUUUUUGGACAACAAAAUCAACUAUUGCAAACAAGCAAAGGAUAUCUUAUCACUUAUAAUCCAUUUUCACCUAAAUUUUUUUAAAAGACAAAAAUCAUUAUCAUAAACAUUUCUUGCAAAUGGAAAUCUAAAACACAAACCAUGGGAUCUUACAAAAAGUAAUAACUUAGAUCACAAAUAAGAUAUAUCCCGCCCGUAUGGCGGGCCGACCCUAGUUAUAUAUAUUAAAAACAGCUAUAUACGUUCAAAAAGGUAGAAAAUAAUCUAAAUUAGUCGUAACUUUUAUCUAGAAUAAUUGUUUUUUUUUCUUGCUAACUAUCUAGAAUAAUUGUUAUUAGUAAAUAUUAUCACAAUGUAGAUACAAGGCCAUGAACUAAAAAUCCCUAGUAAAAAGAGAGAAGAGAGAGAAAGUAGAUCUCAGUGUUGGGUUCGGCGUACGGGCGGCGCGAGCGUGCGUGCCGUCGCCGGAGCCCGUCGUCCUUCAGCUUAAAUUAUUCGAUCUUUGUCUCCUCCCCGUCGCCUCCGGCGUCUGCCUUAUCUAAGCUCUGGCCAACCACCACCCGUGGUGUUUCUGAUCUUGGAGUGAAAACGCGGUUGCUUGGAUGUUAUGGCGCAGUGAAGACGCUCAUUGUUUGGGUUCCGAUUCCGGGAGGUGGAGGCACCCACAGCUCCGUCGCCGCCGGCUCUUGUGUCCAGGAGGUGGAAGCUUCUUCAGUUUCGCCGUCGUCGGCUCUAGUCUCCUGGGGGUGAAUGCUACCAUAGCUUUGGGUCGCCGGCUUUAGGUAUUUCGUUGCGGUUCUUAGGGUUUGGGUUUCGAUUAUGGAUCGGGUGGUUCUUGUUUGUCUCUCUAGUGUUGGAGCUUUGGCCUUGUUGGAUGAGAUCUCGAAGAGCGAUGAAGCUCUCCGACGGGUAGACAGAGUUGGAAGAACAGAGGUGGUUUCGGCGGAGGCUCUACGGGUUCUGAGCUUCGACGAAAUGAAGUUGCGGUGAUGUGGUUCCGGCGGUGAUUCGAGGCGGUUGCGACGCGUGUCGUUCUGAUGGUGUAGAUUCUCCCACGUGUCCAGCAGCCAGUUUCCUUGACGUGCGACGUCGUACGGGUUUUUAAUGUUUGGGCCGACGGCCCGGUUAAUGGUUUCGUUUGUAACUUUUAGGCUUUUGGGCCUCUGGCCUUUUUGAUAUGUAUUUGGGCCUCGGACUGUGUACUCUGGGCUUGGCCCGUUUUAUUAAUUAAAAAAAAAAACCUCUGGAAAAAAAAAAGUAGUUACAAGGCCAUGUCUACCGAAACAAAAACAUGUCUAAAACCUCUUGAUAAUGUAAACAUUUAGGGGUCCAUUUUUCUAACUUUUAUGCAGUACAGUAUAUUCCUAAAAAUAAAUAUUGUUAACCACCUUUAAUAUUUUACAAAAUACAUAUAAUUAGCCGUUUGAUGUAAAAAAACAAAAUACAUAUACAUAUAAUUAGCCGUUUGAUGUAAAAAAAAAACAAAAUACAUAUAAUUUUUUUUCUGAACGAAACAUAUAAAUUUUAUUACUAUACAUAUUUUUACCAUAAAAAGAUGUUUUUUUUUCUGCAAUCAUCUUAGGUUUCCAAAACCCUAGGAAUAGACAUAUAAAAUGCCAAUGAACGUACCAAUCACACAACAAACUCAACCUCGUAAAUGGCCGGAGAAAUGCUCUCGCCUACACCUCAGGAGUCAAAACGCAACCGUUUAAAACCGCAUAUCAUGGUGUUUCCAUAUCCAGCACAAGGCCACUUGCUUCCUAUUCUGGAUUUAACCCAUCAACUCUGUCUUCAUGGCAACGUCACUGUCUCAAUCAUCGUCACACCUAAAAACCUUCCUCACCUCUCCCCUCUUCUCUCCGCUCAUCCAUCCGCCGUCUCCGCCGUCACUCUACCUCUCCCUCACAGCCCUUCCGGCGUUGAGAACGUCAAAGACCUUGGCUGUACUCCUUAUAUCAUGGCUUCUCUUCGACAGCUCCGAGAGCCUAUCAUCAAAUGGCUAAGUUCUCAUCAGAAUCCUCCCGUUGCUCUCAUCUCUGACUUCUUCCUCGGAUGGACCAACGAUCUCGGUGUUCCUCGCUUUGCCUUCUUCAGUUCUGGAGCGUUCUUUGCUUCACUUGUACAUUAUGUCUCCGACAAGCGUCAUCUCUAUGACCAAACUGAGCCUGUCUGCAUCUCGGAUCUUCCUCGCUCCCCUGUUUUCAAAACAGAGCAUUUGCCUUUAACCCCGCAGUCUCCCUUGUCGCGAGAUGUUAAUAUCGUUAGAGACAUGACCAUGAACUUCUCUAGCCAUGGUUGUAUUUUCAAUUCUUGCAACUGUCUGGAAGAGGAGUACAUGGAGUAUUUGAAGCUGAAAGUGGGUCAUAACCGGGUUUUUGGUGUUGGUCCGGUUUCUUCUGUCGGUUUAGGCAAGGGAAAAUCAGAACUCAAUGUAGACGUGAAGGCCUUGUUUAGUUGGCUUGACGGAUGUCCAGAUGGAUCCGUGCUAUACAUAUGUUUCGGUAGUCAAAAAGUGUUGACUAAAGGGCAGUGUGAUGCUUUGGCUCUUGGUCUUGAAAAGAGUCUGACCCGGUUUUUUUGGGUGGCUAAGACAGACCCGAUACCCGAUGGGUUUGAGGAUCGGGUCGCUGGUCGGGGAAUGAUUGUUAGAGGGUGGGCUCCUCAGGUGGCUGUGUUGAGUCACGUGGCCGUUGGUGGGUUUUUAAGCCAUUGUGGAUGGAACUCGGCCCGGCCCUGGCUGGAAGCGGUAGCUAGUGGAACGAUGAUCUUGGCUUGGCCUAUGGAAGCAGACCAAUUUGUGGAUGCCAAGUUGCUGGUGGAGUAUACAGGUGUAGCUGUUAGUGUCUGUGAAGGGGGUAAGACUGUGCCGAACCCACACGAGUUAGGUCGGGUCAUAGCUGAAACUAUGGGUGAGCAAGGACGCGAGCUACGUGUUCGGGCCAAGGAGAUGGGAAAGAAGGCACUUGCUGCGACAGAAGUAAGAGGAAGCUCUACUAUUGAUUUGGAAAGACUUGUUAAAGAACUGGGCUCUCUAUAAAGAUAUGAUUGCAAUGACUAAAACGGUUUUUGGAAAUAAAAAAGUGUUUUAUUGUUAAA